ACAUUCAAUCGCACAUCAUCGCUUUUGCCUCUGUACGCGUACGAGGAAAAUUUUCAGAAGUGCUUAGCCCCCGUGAGUGUUGAAGCGGUCACAAAGUUUUUUCUCGUCCACCCGUCAGGCAGCACUUGUGUGUCGUCGCUCAUCCCGAGUCGAGUGUGUCCGGGUUUUUCGGUGUCACGCGGCAGUUCAGCAAGCAGCAAUCCGCUCCAUCCAAAGGUUGGGAGGAACCGCGGAACGGAACACCACACUAGGCAACAGCAGCAGCAGCAGUUCAAGUUGUUGGAGAAGAGCAGCAGUAGCGGAAAAAGAUGUCCGUCAAUCGUACCAUCUCGGCCCACCAGGCCACCAAGGAACACGUCCUGGCCGUGUCCAGAGAUUUCAUCUCGCAGCCACGACUGACCUACAAGACCGUAUCCGGUGUGAACGGUCCCCUGGUUAUCCUGGAUGAGGUCAAGUUCCCGAAGUUUGCCGAAAUCGUCCAGCUCCGCCUGAACGAUGGCACCAUCCGCUCCGGUCAGGUGCUGGAAGUCAGCGGUUCCAAGGCCGUCGUCCAGGUGUUCGAAGGCACCUCGGGUAUCGACGCCAAGAACACGGUGUGCGAGUUCACCGGUGACAUUCUGCGUACGCCCGUGUCCGAAGACAUGCUGGGUCGUGUGUUCAACGGCUCCGGUAAGCCCAUCGACAAGGGUCCCCCAAUUUUGGCCGAGGACUUCUUGGAUAUCCAGGGUCAACCCAUCAAUCCGUGGUCUCGUAUCUACCCCGAGGAAAUGAUCCAAACCGGUAUCUCCGCUAUCGAUGUGAUGAACUCGAUUGCUCGUGGUCAGAAGAUUCCCAUCUUCUCGGCUGCUGGUUUGCCACACAAUGAAAUCGCUGCCCAGAUUUGUCGUCAAGCCGGUCUGGUCAAGCACACCGGCAAGUCGGUGCUGGACGAACACGAGGACAACUUUGCCAUCGUAUUCGCCGCUAUGGGUGUGAACAUGGAAACUGCCCGUUUCUUCAAGCAGGAUUUCGAAGAGAACGGUUCCAUGGAGAACGUGUGUCUGUUCUUGAACUUGGCCAACGAUCCAACCAUCGAACGUAUCAUUACUCCACGUUUGGCGCUGACGGCGGCUGAAUUCUUGGCCUACCAGUGCGAGAAGCACGUGUUGGUCAUCUUGACGGACAUGUCCUCGUAUGCGGAAGCCUUGCGUGAGGUGUCUGCUGCCCGUGAAGAAGUGCCCGGACGUCGUGGUUUCCCAGGUUACAUGUACACCGAUUUGGCCACCAUCUACGAACGUGCCGGACGUGUUGAAGGACGUAACGGAUCGAUCACACAGAUCCCCAUUUUGACUAUGCCUAACGACGAUAUUACCCAUCCAAUUCCUGAUUUGACUGGUUAUAUUACCGAAGGACAGAUCUACGUCGAUCGUCAGUUGCACAACAGACAGAUCUACCCGCCAGUGAACGUACUGCCCUCGCUGUCUCGUCUGAUGAAGUCUGCCAUCGGUGAGGGUAUGACCCGCAAGGAUCACUCCGAUGUGUCCAAUCAGUUGUACGCUUGCUACGCCAUCGGUAAGGACGUGCAGGCCAUGAAGGCCGUCGUCGGUGAGGAAGCCCUGACGCCUGAUGAUCUGCUGUACCUGGAGUUCCUGAGCAAGUUCGAAAAGAACUUCAUCUCGCAGGGUAACUACGAAAACCGCACGGUAUUCGAAUCGCUGGACAUUGGCUGGCAGCUGUUGCGUAUCUUCCCCAAGGAGAUGCUCAAGCGUAUCCCGGCCUCCAUCCUGGCCGAAUUCUACCCACGAGACUCGCGCCACUAAGCGGUAUGUUUCGUCCAUCAACGCUUCAUUUGCAUGUUGUUUUAUUAUAUUUGUUAUCUACUAUUUUUUUUGCAUUUUGUCCCUUUCUGGGGGACAUUUUCUCAAGUUUAUCCCCAUUUUUUUCAAAAUCAAUUAAAAUAUUCUUUAUGAUUUGCCAUAUGCCCGUAAACCGGAAAAGUAUUGUUAAAUAAUGUAAUGAUGAACAUAUUUCAAUUGCGUCCAACUGCAACUAAUCGCCAAUAGCAUGAGAUCGAUUCAACUUAUCAAUGUUAUCAAUAAUUAAUACAGAAGACAAUUCGAGGGAUAAUUCUGUCUUUUGAAAAAUGCGUAAUCUAAAUGUGUGUGUGUCGCUACAGCAAAUGUCAUUUCGAGUAAAAAAACAUCUUUAUUGAAUCGCUGUGCAAAUUAAGCAUUCCUGAAACAAAAACAAUCUAAGUAUAAUCUUUACUUACGAUAUUUCACCGAACCAAUUCUACUACACAACUCGAGAAAAACGACCCAGAAUUAUAGAGUAAUCGAACUAUUAUUUCGGGAAUAUUCCCACGCUCAGCUUUCCUUCGUUCAAUUUUUCUCCACGUCAAAUCGAAGAAGUGCUUAGGAAAUCUUUGUUUCGAUCCUCCAACCGCGGUGGGACAGAAUCGACUUCCAAUCAUCGGCUUUAAGUCCAACAAGGAACAUAAUAUAACAACAACAUGAAACAUCUAUUAUCCAUCUAAUAACAACAAAUGUGUGCAAACUUAACCACCAUCAAGAAUAACGAAACAAAAGAAGAAAAUAUUGAUACGGCAUCGACGACCGGUUGGAAUUGAUUCCAGAGGAAACGACCAGCAUCCGAUUUCCUUGGUCAACGUCCCGUACGCACGCGGACUCGCCUGAAGAUCCUUCUCCAAAAGCCAAAGGGUUCGUGGGGGUUGAAGGAGUCCGAAUCGGAGAACCCUCAACACGCUUCAAGUUGCACGUGGCUGUCUUCAUUACAAAUGUAAUUCAGACCGGAAAGAUUGCCCCGAUUGUGGAAAGCGAGCUUUUAUUCUUAUGUAUACUCUGCUUAUUAGAUAAAAUAAUCAACAGUUUGUUUUUUAAUGAUAAAAAAUGAGAAAUAAUUGUGGAAAACAGUAUAAGUAGUCAAAUAUAUUAUCCAGGAAGAGGUACUACUAGAUUCACUAGCAUAAAACAACCUAUUUUCCCUUCAUAUCCUCCUUUUCGAUUCGUUCGUGCUAUGAGUUUUAAUUUUGUUGAUAUAUUUCUAUCGUACUAGGCGUUUAAGCUAUAUACACCACAAUUAGUCGUUAAGUUAUGAGCGUUUCCUUUCUGCAUGGUCUUAAAUCAAAGAAGUACUUUCGGCAAGCGGAACAGUGGCCACCUACGGCCAUAAACCGAAUCGGGUUCAUAUCAGAAUGGUUCAUGCUCACCAUUUGGCGGAGAGAAAAUAUUUUCUUCCAGGUUAUGCAUCAACAUCACGCUUCUUCAGUCGCAUCUGAACAAUCCCCUUUGAUUAUAACCACGUUAGCCGAACAUCUGCUAGAAUUAACCGUUCGAUGUGGACAGAAAUUUGGAAAAAUUGAUUUCCCUUCAUUCAAAUACCGACUGGAGCACUUCUGACUGAAUCCUUUUCGGAUUAUGCGUCACAUUGGUGUCACUUUCCGGAUUGAAGUACUUCUGUACAAUAAUUAGCUUGUAAGCUUCUAAAAUCUAGAACAAAUGAAACAUUAUAAAACGAAUGAAAAAAAAACGUUAAGCGAUGUCUCAAAUUAUUCUAGCUGAGAGAUUUACGAUAUCCAGAUCCAAGUCCAAAUGAAUCGAACAUCGGAUCCGAAAAUUUUACGACCCCUGAUAUUCGCACAUGCAAGUGGUAAAUUAGAAGACAUACCGAACCCAAUCUUGACUAUGUGCGAUCACACUCUGUGCAGAUUGUAGGAGCAACCUGGUGGAGAAAAUAUAUUACAUAAUUCAUAUUAUUAUUAGCUGUUGAAGAAUAAGUAAUAUUAUUCAGGUGUAAACACAACACUCUAUAAAUGAAGAAAGUGAAACAAACAAACAAAAAAACUAAUAAAAGCGGACAAAAACUUA